AUGGAUAUACUAGAUAAUACAUUUAGAAACUCCGCUGAAAGACUAGAUAAACCAUCUGCUUACCUAAUACGAAAAGCCAGAAACAAUUAUGGUGAACUAGAAAGAGCUAUGACAUCACGAACAGUAUAUGUUGGAAAUCUAUCACAUUUUACUACUGAAGAACAAAUUCAUGAAUUAUUCAUGAAAUGUGGUCCAAUUGAAAAAAUCAUAAUGGGAUUAGAUAGAAAUAAAUUAACACCUUGUGGAUUUUGUUUUGUCAUAUAUAGAACUGAAGACGGUGCAUUAAAUGCAAUGAAGUAUUUACAAUCAACUGUUUUAGAUGGUCAUAAUAUAUCAAUAGAUCUUGAUCCUGGGUUUAGAGAAGGUAGACAAUUUGGUAGAGGUAAACAUGGAGGUCAAGCGGCUCAAGAAGCAGCAGCAGCUCAAGCUAAUGGACAAGGAUAUGAUGGAUCAAAUUUUAGAGGUGGACGAGGAAGAGGACAUUUCAGAGGUAGAGGAAAUGGUUUCAGAGGUGGGAGAGGAAAUUUUAGAGGUAGAGGUGGAGCACAAAAUAAUCAUGGUGGAUUUAGAGGAGAAAAAUCGAGUGUCUAUAUACCGUCAAAAGAUCCAAAUUAUGAUGCUCCAACUACUUUUAAUCCAAUGGCAAAUAUGAGUCAACAAUAG